AUGCUGUUGAAUAUCGUUGUCUUAGGUGCUGGUGUCAUUGGGUUGACUACAGCAUUAGAAUUGAAGCGUUGGAACCGGGAAGUAGAUGUUACAAUUGUUGCUCAGCAUAUUCCUGGCGACAUCGAUAAAUCAUACACAUCGCCAUUUGCGGGUGCUAAUUGGCAAUCAUUUGCAACAAAAGAAGAUGUGGGGCUUCAGGAAAUAGAUAAAUCGGGAUACAGAGAGUUCACGAGGUUAGCAAACUCUGAUCCUAAAUCAGGAAUAUGGACCAAGGACAAUGUUGCCUACUUCACUGAGUAUGAAUUGGCGAGGAGAAAUGGAUCUUCUGAAGAUUUAAUCCCCUGGUAUAAAGAUUACGUUCACAACUUCGAAACAAUCGAAAAAAAGGAUUUGCCAGAUGGAAUUGCUUUUGGCACUCGGUUUACAGGGGUAGUAAUAUCGGUUCCAACAUACUUAAACUAUUUGGUGCAGAAAAACUUAGAGAUUGGAAAUACUAUCAAGAAAGUUGAAAAACUCCGUCAUAUCAAAGAUGCUUUAUUAUUACAUUCAUCCGGAAAGCUUGCUGAUUAUGUUAUCAAUGCAACAGGAUUGAUGGCAACAUCAAUAGAGGGAAUAUCGGAUACAAAACGUACUUUCCCUGUGAGAGGACAAGUGUUACUCGUAAAGAACAAUGCAAGAGUUCAGAUGUCAGUGGAAGGGUUUCCUGGCUAUGAGAAUGAGAUGCUAUAUAUGAUGCCACGAGUGGAAGGGGGGACAAUUAUUGGAGGUUGCUUUCUUGAGGAUGAUCUUAAUUUUGAAGAAGACAAACAAUUGACAAGGAGAAUUGUCGAUAGAGCAAUAAAAUAUGCACCUGAAUUAAUUGACCCUGGUUUUAAGAACAAUCCAACUCAGAUCGAGAUUGCAAAAGUAAAUGUUGGAUUUAGACCUUUCCGCGUUGGAGGGGCUAGAGUUGAACUUGAUGAGAAGUAUAAAUGGCUCAUUCACAACUAUGGCGCUGGAGGAGGGGGUUACCAAGGGAGUUAUGGACUUAGCAAAUUAGUCAUCGAUAUUUUGGAAAAGCAGAAUGUAUUCCGUAAGGCAAAAUUGUGA